AUGUCGGCCGACGAAGCCAGCAAGGCGGCGCGACCCCGCGUCUUCUUUGACAUCUCGAUCGACGACAAGCCAGCCGGGCGCAUCGUCUUCGAGCUCUUCAGCGAUGUAGUCCCUAAGACAGCCGAGAACUUCCGCGCCCUGUGUACAGGCGAGAAGGGAAUUGGCAAGAGCGGCAAGCCCCUUCACUACAAGGGCUCCAGCUUCCACCGUGUGAUCAAGCAGUUCAUGAUCCAGGGUGGUGACUUUACGGCGGGCAAUGGUACCGGCGGCGAGUCCAUCUACGGAGAGAAGUUUGACGACGAGAACUUUGAGUUGAUGCACGACCGACCCUUCCUCCUCAGCAUGGCAAAUGCUGGUCCUGGCACCAACGGUUCCCAGUUCUUCGUGACCACGGUCCCAACCCCACAUCUCGACAAGAAGCACGUCGUGUUCGGUCAGGUCCUGUCAGGCAAGUCGGUUGUGCGCCAGAUAGAGAACCUCACGACGCACGCGGGCGACAAGCCCGUCAAGUCGGCGACGAUCGCCGACUGCGGUGAGCUGCCCGCCGACGCCGUCAUAGGAGAUGCGGCCAAGGAGGCAGACAAGUACGGCGACAAGUACGAGGACUUCCCCGAGGACGACGAGGGCGGCCCCCUGGACGUCGCCCGCGUCAUCACCAUCGCCUCGGACUGCAAGACGUUUGGCAACAGCGCCUUCAAGGCUGGCGACCACGCCACCGCUCUGAGCAAGUACCAAAAGGGCAUCCGGUACCUCAACGAGGAGCCCGAGCGCGACCAGGAGGACGUCCCAGCCGACGUUAAGGAGAAGCUGGCCGCUCUGCGCUUCACCCUGAACAACAACGCCGCCCUCAUGAACCUCAAGCUCGAGUCGUGGGAGGACGCCAAGAACGCCGCCUCGUCCGCGCUGGCCGUCAAGUCGGCAUCUGACGCCGAGCGCGCCAAGGCCCUGUACCGACGUGGUCUUGCCUACAUCAGGCUGAAGGAUGAGGACGCCGCCAUAAAGGACCUGGAGGAAGCCAAGAAGCUGGCUCCGGCAGAUGCUGCGGUUGUCAAGGAGCUUGACCAGGUCAAGAAGGCGGCUGCGGCUCGUGCCGCCAAGGAGAAGGCUGCUUACAAGAAGUUUUUCUCGUAGAGGGACGAAUUUCCAUGCAAGAGAGAAGGAUGGCCAGGAGGUUUUUUUCUUAUGCCCUGUUUGGUCUGACGAUUUUUCGAUACGGACUUCUUUGAUCUUUGAUUUUUUUUUGGCGCAAGAAAAGCAAAGUAAUACGAAUCAGCUGGAGUCACGAGGUGGUUUUUUUUUUGUUGUUACUGGUGGAUUCUUUUCAACUCUUUUUUUUUUCGUUUUUUUUUCUUCAUUGGGCGGGCGUCAUUGGGCGGGCGUCUCGGUUAUCAAUGCAUAUAACUAGGGAAAUCAAAUACCACAUGGCCAAA